AUUUAAGACUAAUUAAUUUUAUAUUAGUCAUUAUCAAUGUUCAUUUUUUUUUUGUUCCUUAUAACGAAGGUUAUAACUUAUUGGGAACAGUAUUGAUACUAGUGUAAGAGUUAAUAAAAUACUAAGUAAUCAUGCCAGAACCACAAGGUAAACUUACAUUUCGGGAACAAAUGAGGGGGUUCCCUGUUUGGCAAAUAUUCGUUAUCAGUAUAAUUAGAUUUGCUGAACCAGUUGCAUUUACAUCAUUAUUUCCUUUUGUAUAUUUUAUGAUUCGAGACUUUGGUAUUGCCAAAAAUAAGGCUGAUAUUGCCACAUAUUCAGGAUAUUUAUCAGCUUCAUUUGCAUUUUUUCAAUUUUUAUGUUGUGUUCAAUGGGGUAGAGCUUCUGAUAGAGUAGGUAGAAAGAGAAUUUUAUUAAUGGGAUUAUUUGGUACAGCAGCAUCUAUGACACUUUUUGGAUUUUCACCAAAUUUUUAUGUUGCAGUAUUUGCAAGAUCAGCUAUGGGAUGUUUAAAUGGUAAUAUUGCUGUAUUAAGAACAGCCAUUGGAGAAAUUGCAACAGAAAGAAGACAUCAAGCCAUGGCAUUCUCAACUUUACCAUUACUUUGGAAUAUUGGUGCAGUAGUCGGACCAAUGAUUGGAGGUUCAAAAUAUUUAACUAGACCAAAGACUGAUCCUGAUGCUAUAGAACCAAAUGAUUUAUUCAUAGGUGAUGAUAGUGUUUAUGAAAGAUUUAUAACUAAAUUUCCUUAUGCUUUAUCAAGUAUUGUAGUUGCUUCAUUUUUAUUGUUUAGUUUGGUAGUAGGAGUAUUAUUUUUAGAAGAAUCUCAUCCUAAAUUUAAAAAUAGAAGAGAUAGGGGUCUUGAAAUUGGUGAUGCAUUCCGAAGAUUUAUUGGAGUUGAUGUACCUUUAAGACCAUGGCAGAGACCUAAGAAAUCAAAAGCUCCAGUUUAUAAUAGAUUACCUACAACCUCAUCUUCUAAUACUGAUGUUAUAGACAUCGAUAGUGAUAAUGAUAAUGAUAAUGAAAUCAUUCCAUUUAAUCAACCUCAACAAUUAUAUGCAUCUACUGCUGAUGAAGUGGUCGAUAGUGACGAGUCUUCUGAUUCUAUCGCUUCAAACGAAUAUAUGUCUAGACGUAUGUCUGAAGCUUUAGUUAGAAGAUACUCAUCAACACAACUUGGACCUGUGAUUUCAUCUAAUUUUGAAACUGAGUCAAUAAUUACUACCAAUGCUGUUCAGGGAUUUAAUCGUGAAAUUUUUACUGCCCCUGUCCUUCAAACCAUUGUUGCAAAUUUCUUAACUUCAUUUCAUAAUAUUGUUUAUGCAGAAUUUUUACCAGUUUUAUUGGCAGGAGAUUUAUUAGUUGAUGAAAUUAAAUUCCCAUUCACUUUAAAAGGUGGUUUUGGAUUUGAAUCAAGUUCAAUUGGUACAUUAUUAUCUUCUACUGGAUUAGUUGGUGGUUUAGGUAUUAUGUUUAUUUUCCCAAUUAUUGAUAGAAACUUUAAAACAAUCAAUGCUUAUAGAGUUUCAGCAUUAAUUUUCCCCUUUACUUAUGCUAUACUUCCAUAUUUAGUAUUUACAUUGCAUUCUUAUAAUCCAAAUUAUUCUCCAGGUUUAACCAAAAAAUUACUUUAUACUUUAUGUUGUUGUAAUUCAUUUUGUGGAUCUGUUGGAUUUCCAAAUAUUUUAAUCUUAAUUCAUAGAGCAUCUCCUGCUAAACAUCGUGCAUUUAUUAAUGGUCUGGCUUUAAGUUUAUCAUCCUUAGCCAGAUUCAUUGGUCCAAUUCUUUUUGGUUAUAUCAUGUCUGUCACUAAUAAAUAUUCCAUUGGAGAAGUAGCAUGGUUCCUCCUUUCAUUGGUGGCCAUUGUUUGUGUCGUCCAAGCCUUUUUCAUGAAAGACUAUGAUGAAGAUUUAAAGGAUGAUGAACAAGUCUAAGUUCUCCUUGACAGUUAAAUUUGAUAUUUCUUUAUUUUUUUUUGCAUUUAGGUUAAUUAGAUACCUGUAUAAGGAUAUAGAGUGCAUAAAUAAUUUG